AUGAAGGUUGAACCCGAAGCUCGAGCCAUGACAGCUCGGAUUCUCGGCUACUCUCCCCACAGUAUCCGCAUCCCCGCAUCCACCUGGUAUCUGAACCCGACAUUUCCGUCCACCUCGUUUCACAUUAUGCAAACACAAGCAAUCAUGGCCCCUGUACCUCCUCCGCAGGCAUCUCCAACAGCGUCUCAGUCUUCCAGAGCCCUUUCGGGCAAGCGUCCUUUAUCUACCAAUGCAGACGCGGACGAGGAAAACCGUCGGAAAGACCCGAAGAUUAGCAGGGCCUGUGACACCUGCAAGAGAAAGAAGAUACGAUGCGAUGGCAUAAUCCCAUGCAGCAAUUGUGCCAAGAGGAAGCUCCAUUGCGCUUAUGACGCGAAAUAUGGCCGAGGGCGGCCUCCAACCCCACCACCUUCAACCGCAGUCAAUGAACGCCAAGAAAGAUCACGAAGUGGUAAUUCAAAUGACCUUUCUAUCUGGCAGCAACAAGAACCUGUUUCUCAUGACAUCUCGACUUCACAAGUGCAUUCUCAUGCCUCGCCCGAAAUCGAAAUCGAGGGUCAAUAUUUUGACCCUACCUCGGGAUUGAACUUUCUACACCGAGCGUGGAAAAAGUUGUUGACUCAAAAGGAUGAGUCUACAUCAUAUGAUCCAAGCGACACGGAGCGAAAUCAACUUCUCACUUCGGCCGGAGACCGCCCGUUUCAUGUCGACAACAGCGCGUCAGACGCCUUUAUUCCAGAUGCCUCGACAGCGAGAAAGCUACAGGAGUUCUAUUUUGAAACGUGUGUUGUGACUUACCGUAUGUUCCACCGACAAACUGUUGAAGGCUGGAUGGAGCUGUUCCUGAAGGAUCGACAAUUACAAAGGCCGAUGGCUCAGUCCCUUGGAAAUUCCAGGACUGCGAUCCUCCUUACCAUUAUGGCCAUCGCGACUCUGCGUCUUGAGAAGGUACACGGGGGGAUGUCCACAGAGGAUGAGUCACUUGUUCUACAACGAAGCGAUCACUUGUUCUGUGCUAGUAUGAGAUUGACCGAAAUGGAGAUGGGGUUCCCCCGGCUAGAGUCAGCACAGGCACGCCUCAUCCAAGUCCUUUAUCUUCUUCAGACUGCUCGUAUGAAUAAAGGCUGGUAUACAUUCGGGAACGCAUUCCAUAUCACUCUCUCCUUGGGUAUGCACAGGAGACGCGAUCAAAAGCGAGACUUUCCUUUCACGAGCAAGCGACAGAAUUAUAUCACUUCGGAGUGCUAUAAGCGCACCUUUUGGGCGGCAUACAUAAUUGACAAGUAUCUCAGUGUCGUAUUUGGUCGGCCUCGACUUUACCAAGAUGAUGACAUUGAUCAGGACUUUCCAGAUAAUGUCAAUGAUGAAGACAUGACUCCACAAGGACCUUCCACCCCGGAUGACCCAGCAGAUUGUUAUAUUGAUGCUCUCAUAUUUCAUGCAAAAAUUGCACGAAUAAUCGGAAAGGUGUCACGAGAAGUAUACUCAGUCAGCGACCUGUCCAUCCGAGACCGCUUGGCAGCUGCCCAUCGAUCUAGCGGCGAAUUACAUGAAUGGCAUGCCAGCCUGCCACCACACUUAGGUACUGUGAAACCAUCGACAUUGAUUCCUAGUUUCCGGCGUCAGGCUAUCGCCUUGCAGCUUGCGUAUUCGCACGCCCUCAUUCACACCAAUCGGCCCUUCCUUUUGACUGAAGGAGGGUCUGCGAAUGUCACCGAAUGCAUCUCUGCCACCAAGGCCAGUUUAGAGCUCGUCAACAGGAUGGCGGGGGAUAAUACGUUGCUUCAUUCCUUCUGGUGGACGCAUUAUGUCAUCUUCUGUGCAUUGGCAGUGGUCUACGUUUGGGAAAUUCAACGAACCACAAGACCCGCCGACGAGAUAGAUAAUCAGUCUCUAGGCAAAAUCUUUGAUCUCGCAGAGAAAUGCCACGGUCAUCUCAAGCGAGCAUCUACUGGUCUAUCACAAAACCAACGAUACACCAUCAUACUUGACGAAUUGAGAUCCGAGGCUCGAAGAUGUCGAAUCUUGAGAGGGAAAUCCGCCUCAUUCACAACAAAGUGGUCGCCCUGGUGGCGAGACCAACGCCAAUACAGAAACUGGGUUUCCAUUCUUGCAGGAUCCGGAUAUGUUCAGAUCUACGGCGGGUGUUCAGGAAGAGCUGAUGCCGAACAUGCUGGACAGUUUUCUGUUUAG